GGGGAGGCACAGGUAGUUAAAAGGUAGUGAUCUGGAUGCAGUCUUCUCUUGGAGAAGAGAACAGAGUGGCGGCACGCAAGUCAACCACUAGCUACUUGUACAAUGCCCAAUAUUGUCCACCCGGUCAUCCUGCUGAUGGCCUUGCUGGUGGUAACAGCAGGGAAUCAAGCAUCGCUUCCCAAGACUACACAGUGGCCACGACUGAAACCCACUAAGAAGCCUCCGCCUCGAGACGAUGGGGGUCCUCAGCAGCCGCCCGGCCGCUUUGGGUCCCAUCCAGUCACAACCACUGUGAGCCCCACCGCCAGUGGUAUCACAGAGGAAGUCACAGAGUCUCUGAUGGACGCUUAUUCUACUUCCCCCACCGACAGCACCACCAGUGAUGCUUAUUCUGCUGACUACCACACAGAGGCCAUGGUUCCUCCUGGGGUUGGACCUGGGAACUAUACGUUAGACUACAACGAGUGCUUUUUCAACUUUUGUGAGUGUUGUCCACCAGAGAGAGGUCCUCCAGGACCGGUGGGUGAAAAGGGAUUGCCAGGUAUUCCAGGGGAAAAGGGGGAAAUGGGACCUCCUGGACCUCCAGGUCAGGAUGGACUCACUGGAGCUCCAGGGCCUCAUGGAGGAAAAGGAGAGAAAGGUGAUCCUGGAGUAAGUGGGCUACCUGGGAUUCCCGGUGUUACUGGGAAACAAGGAGAGAAAGGUGAAAUGGGCCUCAAAGGAGACAAAGGAGAUACAGGUUUAACUGGGCUGAAAGGAGACCCAGGGGACAGGGGAGAGCCCGGCUGGAACGGAACAAAGGGAGAGGCGGGCGAGCCUGGCAUACAAGGACCAGCUGGCCCCCCUGGCCCAGAUGGCAUCAAGGGGGAGAAGGGUGACAAAGGAGACUGUCCAUUUGGAGAGAAAGGACAGAAAGGCAGUAUGGGGGAGCCAGGGCUUCAAGGGCCAAAAGGAGACAUGGGCGGGCCAGGUCUGAACGGCACAGAUGGGCUUCCUGGGGCUAAGGGGCCAAAGGGAGACCCGGGACCCCCAGGUAAGCAGGGAGAGCCUGGUCCUCCAGGACCCCAUGGACCACCAGGGCAGAGGGGGAUGCCAGGGAUGAAAGGCACAAGAGGCCUGAAGGGAGCACGAGGUGUUAGGGGAUUCAAGGGGCUUAAGGGUGAACCUGCCGUUCAGAAGCGCUCAGCCUUCAGCGUUGGUCUCUUUCCCAGUCGAUCAUUCCCACCACCUGGCCUGCCAAUCAAGUUUGAUAAAGUCAUAUACAAUGAGGAGGGUCACUGGGACCCCCACGCCAGUAAGUUCAACUGCACUCAUGGAGGAGUUUACGUCUUUUCCUACUACAUAACAGUGCGUAAUCGCCCCCUACGUGCAGCCCUGGUGGUGAACGGGAUUCGGAAACUCCGAACUCGCGACUCCCUUUACGGCCAGGACAUUGACCAGGCCUCUAACAUGGCAGUGCUCCGUCUAUCAUCUGGAGACCAGGUAUGGUUGGAGACUCUGCGGGACUGGAACGGUGUUUAUUCCAGCAGCGAGGACGACAGCACGUUCUCUGGAUUCCUGCUCUAUGCUGAUGCCACCAAAGACUGAUGGCCAGGAAUCACACUGACCUCUGGAUGAACCAUUUUAGACUAUAACUUCAUUUCAUAGGGGUGAAACGAAAGCUGUCUAUAUUACCCAAAGUACCUGAGACCUGAACUUAGAUCCGUUUACUAACAGUAACUGUACAGCCACUAAUUAUUAUGCUACCCGUUUCAUCGCUGGAACAAUCAAUGUUUGAUUGUGCUUUAAUUUUUUUUAUAAGCUGGUGAUUUGUGGCAGCUAUUUUGUAGCUCUUUACAUAUUUAUACAAAAUAGCCAGUAGUUUAUGCAAUAAAAUAAUAAUGCUUCA